CGGCGGCGGCGGCUCCCACGGCUCCCACGGCUCCCGCGGCCGCAGCGCCAUCGUCGAGAAGCCGGAGCGGCGCCCGGGCUCCGUGGACGCCCUCCCAUUUGCAAGGCCUCGCAAACAACCGUGAGCAACAUCCGAACGAGAGUGAGGUCCACGGGACGGAGAGCGACGAGGCAGCGAGCGGUGGGGAAGAAGAGGAGCGGCGGGCGACGAUAAACGGCAGACCGAAGGGGCGUCCGUCUUGAGAAAUCGUUGGCCCCGACGCCUCCCACACGCCGACCCUCCCCCGCGGCCGUGCGACGCCGACCGGCCCUCUCCGUCCGCUACCGAGCAGCCCCAGGCGGGGAUGGAAAGCCCGGACAUGGGGCACGAGGGACGGGACAGGGGUCGGGCAGACGGCGAGCGGUCGGACAAGUACAGACAGGACACAGGGAUGGAGAGGGCGCGGGGUGCUGAGGAGAGGAGGGCACGUGUGGCUGUGGAGGAGAGACGCAGAGGCAGGGACAGGGAGGAGGCGGACUGGAGAGGUGAGGAGCAGCAGUUGAUGGAUGAUAAGAAAAAGAAGAAAGAUGACAAGAAGAAGAAAGAAGCCCCCAUGAAAAAGGCAACGGAACAAAAACCAAAAGUGCCAGAACCGACCAAAUCCGGUGCACAGCAGCCUGCUGGCAAUCACGCCAGCCACAGCACUUCCUGCACUAGCAACAACAGCACUAGAGGCAGCACUAGCGGAGCCAGCAACAACAACAGCAGCAGCAGCAACAACAACAAUUCCACCAGCAACACGGGCAAACGCUCGGCGCUCGCCGGCAACGGAGCUCAGCAGCAGCGGCAGCAGCAGUCGCAGCAGCAGCAGCAGUCGGUGCAGCAGCAGCUGCAGGCAUUGGCAGGGCAGCCACAGCAGCAACAGGGGCAGCAGCAGCAACAGGGGCAGCAGCAGCAACAGCGUGGGUUUCCUACGCGAGAAGUGCCGCCGAGAUUCCGCAUGCAGGAGCAAAAGCAGCUUCUGAAGCGUGGACAGAUUCUGCCUGGCGCUGGCACUUCGACGCAAGCCGUCAUUUCUACAGGCAGUGCCAUGGCGGUGCAGGGAGCUGCUGCGGGCAAUGCCGGCAUCUGUUCCAAUUCGCCCUCUUCCUCCUCUGGUGUCAACAGUCAGCAUUCUUCAGCACAUCCCCUCUCCCAAGGUGGUGGCAGAGGCACCAGCGGCUUAGACGUGAGCCAGCAGGGCAUGGCGAGCGCCAGGAGCGGUGAAGCGUGGCCUGGCGGUGACGGGGAUACCACCGGGAGGCCCCAGGGCGCAGACGCCACGAGCGCCGCGACCGCCGCCAGUGCGAACGAGGGUGGCACCGGUGACGAUGGAAGCCGUAAAAAUGGUGCUAUGAACGCAGGAGCGUUGGUCCAAGGCGUUUCAUCCAGGCACAGCGACUCAUCCAGUGGCGACACCUGGACGUUACCAAACCCAGACUCCGGAAACGGCAAUUGCAGCGUAUCCGGCAAAGAGGGGGCCAAAGAGGGCACGGCGUGGCAAGGCGGUGGCGGCGGCGGCUGGGGUUCCAAGCACGUGCAGUGGAAGGACUGCCCUGUCACUCCAGGCCAGCAUUCGAACAGCGGGGCCUCUGCGGCCGCGGCCAGCGGCGCUCAGCAAGGACCCUCCAUGGCGGACGCCCAGAAGCCUGGCAACGGCGGUGGCGGUGGCGGCGGCGGCCUUUGGUGCAACGGCGCACCGCACGGCGACAAAGAAAGCUCUUCCAAGCCAACGGCACAAAACGGACCUCUCAACGGCCUUCACAAGGCCGGGGCCAUCGGGCAGCAUGGGCCCAAUGGCCACGGCGGUGGCAGCUACGACGCGGACACUGUUUCUGUGAAUUCUUCUGCACCUUCGAUGAACAGACUUCCAGCAGGCUGGGGUGGUGACAAAAAGCAGGGUGUUUUGAACUCCCCGACCCAGCCUCAUCAGGGAGCUGCCAACUCCUCUGGGCUAGUGGGGGGUGGCGGCAACUUGGGUUGUGCCAUUUCAGGGAGGGGUGGGGCGGGCGUGCCCGACGGGAACAAUGCGGUCGGCGCCGCGGCUUCCGACAAAGGUUGGGACAACGGCAAUGACGGCGCGACGAGCUUCGGCUCAAAGGCGGCCAACGGUACUGUGAACGGUGGCAGUGUCGGUGGUUCAAAGCCUUCCGACGGCAAUGAUGCGGUUGGAAGCAAAAAAGAGACUCAGGGCCAGGGGAAAAGCCGCAAUGGCUUUUGGGGUAGCGGCGACACAGAGCGGAACUCGACUUGGGAAAGCAGCCAUAGUUUUCACAACAGCAGUGAGAACGGCAAAGACGAUGGCAUGAACGGGGAUGGCUGGGGCUCCAAACCCACGGGACAACAUCAGCAGGGCGGCAAUGGUAAGGGGUCGAUGAGCACUUGGGAAGCACUUGGUGGGUCGGCCAGUGGCGGCGAGACGAACGGAGCGGGAUGGGGGAAAAUCUCGGGGGGCGGUGGUGGCGGCGGCGGUGGCGGUGGCGGUGGUGGCGGCGGCGGAGGCGGUGGUGGCAGCGGUGGCAGCAGCGCCAACGUCAUUGUUGGCGGCGGUGCCGCCACCACCACCACCACGAGCGGCAGUGUCGGGAGUAACGAGGGCAGCGGCGGCAGCCACAGCGGCGGCCACGGCGGCGGUCGCGGUCGGAACGGCGGCAGCGGCUACGGAGGAGGGCGGGAGCACCGACGCGUCGCCAAGUUGGACUCGCAGACGGUCAUCCAGAGCGUGAUGAGCCGUAAGGACCUGGACCCCCGUGUGCUCUCCAACACCGGCUGGGGACAGACGCCCGUGCAACAGCACACGUCGUGGGAUGUGGAGUCGGCGGCCGCGGCGGCGGUGGCGCCGGUGCCGCCGCCGCCGAACCGCACCGCGCUGCAUCCUCGACAGCAGGCCAACGGGAGUUCUGGCGACAGCUCCUGGAAUUCCGGAGCGGGUUCUGCAGGCGCUCCGGUCUCCGGGUGGGGAGACGGUGGCAGGCCGCCUCCACCUUCUGGCGCAGGUCUGUCAGUGGGGAGGUGGGGAGAUCCCGGGUCUGGCCGCGGAGAUGGCCGGCCGGGUGGACCGCCGCCCUCCUCCGAACGGGGGUUCGGGGAACCUUCGGCAAACUCCUGGGCCGGUAACAAAGAGCAGCAUCAGCAAGGCAAGUCGCCCGGCGCGACACCCUCUUGGGGCGAGCACGCCGCGUCGAAGCAGCCGCCGUCGGGUUGGGGCGGGCACGGUUGGGAGGGCAACGGCGGGCAGAAGCCGUCGUCGGGCUGGGAGGACGAUCGCAGCGAAAGCUCCCCGGGCUGGGGCGAUGCUCCCCAAGGGAGGAGCGGCAGCGUCAAGUCGAGCGGCGAGUGGGGCGGACCCGAGCCCAAAGCGGCCCCCGACGAAUCGGCUCAGCCAAAGUCGGCACGAGGGUGCCGGGAGCCUCCCGCGCCAAUGAACGACUCGUGGGGCGCUCAACCAAAUAAGCCGAACUAUAACCAAAGCGGGGGCGAUCACGCCAAACGCGCCGCAGCCUCGGCGGGCUGGGGCGAUUCUGAUUACAGCCGCGGCGCUCUGCCGCAAAAGUCCGCGAGGGCCGGCGGUGGUGGCGGCGGGCCCCAGGGGGGGUGGGGUGACGAGCCGGGCGGCGGCUGCAAAGAGAUGCCGCAAGGCUGGGGAGACGCCUCCAAGCAGAGCGACGGUUUAGGAAAUUGGGGCGGCGCCCCGGUUGGAGGUGGGAGGGAUAGCUCGUGGGUCGCCGGUAACGCAGGGGGAGGAGGAGGAGGGCAGACUGCGGGCAAAAUAUUGCCGGACGGCUCGGGUUCUGGCUCUGGCUGGGGAGAUUCCUCAAAGACGCCCACGUCGAGAGACUGGGACGAUGGCAAAGAUGGGCCCAGAGGCUGUGCGGAUGGCUGGGACGGCAGAAACGGUGCCACCAAAGUCGGAGACAAAGCUGGGGGUUGGGGCGAGGAGCAUCCGGCAGGCGAGACUGGCGAGCGCUGGCGCAACCAGCACGGUGAUGGCAAUCCCGCCAAUUCCUGGGGCCAGAAUGGCAAUGCGGGGCCCAAUCCUAACAAGCAGGUUGGAGGUGGUAGUGGUGGUAGUGGUGGUAGUGGUGGUAGUGGUGGUAGUGGUGGUAGUGGUGGUAGUGGUGGUGGUAGUGGUGGUGGUAGUGGUGGUGGUGGUGCAGGAGGUUGGGUUGGGGGUCCGAUCCCAGCGAUCCCCAAAGACGUGGAGCCCACGGGCUGGGAGGAGCCGGCGGCGCAAGCGGGCCGGCGUAAGGGGGACGUUGACGACGGCACGGCGGCCUGGGGCGACCCCAGCGCCUACAACACGCGCGGCGUCAACAUGUGGGAGGGCAAGCAAGGCGGCGGGGGCGACGGCUUUCUCGCGGGACGGCAAGCAGCAAGGCCGGAACGACGGCCGCGUCCAAGGCUCCCCGAGCGUCGCUCCAGAGAACGGUGGACGAUAGACAAGCCCCGGCCUGGCAUGCCUGUGGAUAACGGCACGUCCAUGUGGGGCAAGGGGGUGAGCGGUGGACCCUCUUGGGGCGAGGGGCGUGACGGCGGCAUGGGCCACGCGGGGCCGUCUCGCUGGGCCAACACCCCAGCAGCCGCAUCGAUUCCGAACCGCUCCGUUGUAAUUUCGCCGGCAGGUAAAGGCAUGUCGGACAGGUGGACCGCUGGUGGAGGAGGGCACCUCGAGAACGGUGGCACAGGCAGCGGCGGUGGCGGCGGCGCACGCCCCGGCUGGCGUCAGCUGUGUGGCGGCGACGAUGACGCGAUGGCUGACGACGGAGGUGAUGACGAGGAUGAGGAGGAGGUGGGAGAGCCCGGCGGCUGGAACGCCUGCGCCACGGCGUCGCAGGACAGCGUCUCCUCCCACGGCUCGGCCGGAGGGUGGGGGCGUGGGGGCCGACGGGGCCCAGCGGGCCCACAUAAGGGAAUGGGAAAAGUGCCAAACAGGCAGGAGGAGCUGAUAUGCAGACUUCUCAAGCAGCUCACAGACAUGGGCUUUGCACGCGAGGUGGCCGAGGAAGCGCUAAGAGGCAGCAACCUCAACGUGGAUCUUGCUCUUGGACGAACAAACAAAGGAAUACUGCAAAAGGCCGAACUGGACAGACGUUCUCUGGACUACAGCAGCCUGCUGUGCCGGAAUCAAGUGCAGCGAGACUCCUCCACAGACCGUGCCCCGUAUUUUGACAAGCUCACACUGUCGCUGGGUAGCCAGGACUCAGGGCUCGCAGACGAGCCUCCUGGUUCUCCGUGCCCGCCCUCCCCGCCCACAAAGCUUUGCUUUGCUGCUGCGGGCGCCGCUCAAGGUCCCCGGCCCACCCCUCCCCAUAACCCCAGCCCAGCCUCCCAGCAGAAUGGCAACCCCAGCCUGUUGGGCAGGAACCUGCACCACCAGCCCUCCAGCCACCAGCAGCUGCCCUCGCCAGGCCAGCCCUUCCCACUGUCGCCCUCGGGCCUUCGCUCACAAGUGCCUCCUCACUUCCUCACCCCUCAGGUGGCCCCUGCACAGCUGCUGCAGUACGCAGCAAAGGCUGGCGCCCUCAACCCUGCGCUGCUGCUGCAGCAUCCCCUGGCUAACCCACAGAUGGCUGUGUUCAGCCAGCUGGCCCAAGCACAGCUACAGCUGGCCCAACAGAGGCUGCUUCUGCAGCAGCAGCUGUCCCAGCAGACCCAGAGAAACUCAUUCAAACAACAGCGGGAGCAGCAGAUGGCUCGGACAAUCGGAAGCUUGCAGCAUCAGCAGUCACACAAUCAACAGCAGCAGCAGCAACAGCAGCAGCAGCAGCGCAUGCCGCCCUUUGCGCCUGGCAAACCUCAGCAUGGCUUGGGACCCAACCCCGGCCCAAUCAUCGCUUCUGGUCGCCCGGACCUGCACGCCAAAGACAUGAACCCACUGCACUCCUAUUCCAGCUUCCUGGCGCCAGCCUUGGGAGACAGCGUGGCGGAUUUCGGCAGCCUCGGACUAAAGGAGCCCACCCAGUCGCGGCUCAGUCAGUGGACAGUAAGCUCCGGGAUGGACUCUCUGCCCGGCGGAAUGCACUCCUUGGACCAGGGGCACGGCAAGUCAGUGAGCGGGCUGGCCAAGCUCUCGCUGGACGACCAGGCCUUCGGCCCUUACUCGAUGCUGCAGGGCGUCGGCGACGACCCGGCUAGCCCUCUAGCGCCACUCGCCAACGGCUGGGGCAACACCAAGCCCGGGCAUCCUCCCCCGUCUUCGUCAUCCUCGUCUUCAUCCUCCUCCGCCUCCUCCUCGUCCUCCGUGUCCGACAAGCACCCACACAGCCCCACCCCGGCACCCGUGGGCUGGCCUCCAGAGUUCCGCCCCGGUGAGCCGUGGAAAGGACUGCAGCACGGGCAAAGCGACGCGGAGUCCAACCUGACCCCUGGAGGAGGAGCCGCAUUACUCAGGGACAGGGGCGCAGGGUCCAUGUCGUCGUCAUCUCUCAACGCCACAACGCUGCCUUCCUCCAGUGCCUGGUCCCUCGGUGCCUCUGGCCACAGCCACCGCAAUGGCUUCAUCCCCUCGUUCUCUGCUGCAGCCAAAAUCUCAGAGGCGAAGUCGGCGUGGACUCCCGGCGCGUCCCUGAGCCACGAGUUGUGGAAGGUGCCGCUGAACGGGGGGGGCCGCGGGCUGUCCGGUGGGCCUCGGCCACCGCCGGGCCUUCCCGGACUCCGGCAGCCGUCGCUGUGGCCCUCGGGACGCUGGGAAGGCACUGAGGCAGGUCGUCUCCCGCCGCCAGCGUCGAGUUGGAGCGGCGAUUCCUGCGGCGGUGGCGGCGGCGGCGGCCUGGGUCGUUCCAGCACCUGGCUGGUGCUGCGCAACCUCACCCCGCAGAUCGACGGCUCGACGCUGCGCACGCUGUGCAUGCAGCACGGCCCCCUCAUCACCUUCCACCUGAGCCUGGCGCACGGCAACGCCCUCGUGUGCUACAGCUCCAUCGCCGAGGCGGCAAAGGCCCAGAAGUCCUUGCACAUGUGCGUGCUGGGAAACACCACCAUCGUGGCGGAGUUCGCCACCGACGAGGAGAUCAGCCGUUUCUUCUCUCAGCCGGGACAUUCGGCCGCCCCGGGCUGGCCGCCGGCGCCCGGCCCAGCGCCGUCCUCCAACCUCGACUCGGUCAACGGCGGCCAAGGUCAAGGCCGGGGGCCCGUGUCGGCCGACAACUGGAGCGUGGGCGACGAGGGGGGCGGCACCGGCUCCCUGUGGGGCGUGCCGUCCCCGUACAAUUCGGCGGCGCCGUCCGCCGGCGCCGGCAUGUGGGGCGGCGGCAACGGCAACGGCGGCAACGACGGGACGCGUGGCAGGCUCGGCAGCCCGCCGCCACCUCCCCUGAAUUCUUUCUUGCCCGGGGACCUGCUCGGAGGGGAGGCCAUGUGAACGCCCCGUGUGGAUUUUGGUCGGCGGCGGCGGGGGAAGGCUUAGAAAGUUCCGCGAGGGGGGUGCCCCGGCGGGUUUGCUGGCGGGGGGGGGGUUGGUGUUGGUGGGAGGGACGGGGCGGAGAGGACUUUGGCGCCAGCUUCUUCGCGCCUCCUUCGACCGACGCCUUCCGAGACGGCGACCGCCGCCGCCGCCGCCACCGCCAUCGUUUGGUGGGGACGGGGACGGGGGGAGCGACAUGGAACGACGCGCAGGAGGGACGUUUGUCCAUUUCUCACGCAAAUGACAAAACAACAAAAGAAAAAAAGAAUUGACCUGAAUCAUUCUCAUCACUUAUAGCACUUUCUGUGGGGACAACAAAAAAAAACAGAUACUAUGAAUACUACAGUGUCAUUUCAGUGACUUCAUAAUCUCGAUUUUCACACUCGCACUCGGCUGUGGUUGAGAGGAUGCCGCAGCCCAGUCUCUUAAUACCUUUUUGUAGAAAGGAUUUCGUACGUGACUUUACUGGUUCGAGCGUUUACGCUUGACGUGCAAACACUAUGGUUUGGAAGCCAAUGGAUGUGGAAUGGAAAGUGAAACGAACACAUUACAAACGAGGGGGAGUUGGUUGGUCCGGGGAUGGGGGUUUGUAUUUUACUUUUCCAAUGCCUUGCGGGUGGGUGUAGUGGGGGGGGUGCGAGCCAAAUCCACAGCUUGUAGUGAACACUCGCACACACACGCACGACACACACUCUUCCCCUGUUUGCAAAAGAUAGGGAGCCAGUAUAUGUAUUAGUACAGUACAUUCCUUUCCCUGCUGCUUACGCCCCCCUCUCACCUUAUUUAGUAGCCCCCCCCCCCCCCCCACACACAGUGCCGUGGGCCACUCUGUCUGGGUCACGAGCAUAUACCGCACAAGUCAUUCAAACGCCGUGGCAGAAUCCCGCAAGAAGCCGAGACGAAACAGGCCCCGGGCAUCUUCCUCCAAUGCCACUGGAAACUCCCCCGCCCGCCCGCCCGCCCCUUCCUUUACCUACCCUCACUCACUGGGGCAGGUGGCAGCAGCAGUGGUGGAGUCGCAAGAAUCCCUGUGACCCACAAACUCUACGUCGCUAGUCCACCCCAGACUGAUCACGUCCUCUGUCUCUUCUCUCCCCCUCCCCCGGGUCCGCCCCCGCUCCUCGCACCUAGACUCCCCACACGUCUCUCUCUCUCUCUGUCCACCCGGCACUCUCGCACGCCGUCCUCUUUGCAGGUUCACCGAGUCCUCGCUACUACUGCUACUCUAUGCUCCUAUGCAAAAAUGGCCAGAGAGGCAUUGAGAUUAUACAAAUGCCGCCGGUACGAUUGCACACAAAACCCUCCCUCGCGAGUCUUCUGUGAAAUUCUAGAUGCUUGGAAAAAAACGUUCUCAAAAAAAAAACUUAACUUGGAGCGUGCAUAGUUUACAAGACCCUGGCGUUUGAGCAACAACGGGUUGGUGCCACGUGCGUGGCAAAUCAAACUGCGGACUGUUUAGGCGGAAGCCAGCCACUAAGCCGGAUUUUUGUGGGUGGGUGGGAGUGGUGAUGAGGUGGCGGCGGCGGCGGCGGUCGGAUGCCGUGGCAGUUUGAACAGAUGUCACGCCGUGCACGCCGCGUGUGGUUCAUUUGACGGAAGACGCCCGACAGCAGCUUCACAUUGCCUUGGACAUUGCAAAUUUGGUGUUCAGCUCGAGUCGUCCACUGCACUGCCACACGCCGAGAGGAGAGAGGCCUCUUCACGCACGGCAGCGAAAUCCACGUGGCACUACGGGAGGUGCCGGGUGGGGGGGGUGGGGGUUCAGCCGGUGUUCAGGUCACUGCGCUUGUUGACAGCACCGUUUCUUUUCUGCAAGCAAUUGUGCGUCGGGGGCCACCGCGCUCUGCCCCCCCCACCUUCCCCCCACCUUCCCCCCACCUCGCCCCCCAGCAUUGGCGGAGGGUCUCUCCGUUGCGCAGGCGCGGGGGUUGGGGUCCGUCCGUCUCAUUCGCAUCGUCACGUCCGUUCUCCCCUGUGCGGCUUUCUCAGUCCUUACCGCAACGGGGUUGCAAACAUCUCGAAUCAUCUUCUCCAAAGUGCUCGCAGUUUCCAACUUAAAAAAAAAGAAAUGAGAAAUUUUUAAACAAAAAAAAACUUUUCUGACUUUCGUUUUGCUUGUGCUUCUGUAGUGCAGUAGGCUGCUCUGGUUGUGUGUAAACGUUGCAGUAUCUUGUUUGAGCUGAAGCCAAUCGAGCCCUACUUUCUCUCUACAAUAGCAAUCAUACGGGGGCCGCAUUUCGCAGAAUGUAAAGUUUAUCGCUGGUAUCUCAACAGGUUGGGCUUUGGAGUUGAGAAUCAGGACACUUACGUGAGCACACUGGUGAUUUUCAAAGCCUGUGGUUAUGACCAUCAUCUUCUUGCAUCCAAAACAUAUCGAGUCCAAUACUUGAAUCAUUCAGGCCAAAUAAAAAGUGAAAAAAAAGUUUUUGGGAGGGGUUUUUUGAUGUUGAUGAAAACCACAUGAAUAGCGCUGAGCCGGGUACAGCUCGGCAAGCAGCAGAAGAAGAAAAAUCCUUUAGAUUCCUUAGAGGACACAUUUUUUUUCGAGUAGUAAUUAGUAAGUGUGUGGUGUACUUGGUUAGGCGAUGUGUCGUGGUUCUCGGCGUCGUCGGUGUCGUUGCGCUGUACAGACGCGGCGGUGACUCGCCACCGUGGGCUCGUGUUGUCGAUGAUCGGUUCUUGGCAAUGCACUGAGUGCAUCGCUGCCAAGCGAUGCACGCUGAAGGAACCCUUUUCCCCUCUCCCCCUGCAAAGCGGACGCUUCACGUUUAAAACGCAGUUUACUUGAGUGUUUUAAUCACAGUUGUUAUAACUUCCCCCAGUUUCGUUUUAGUUGAUAACUUAACUCGCCCCCCUACCUCUCCACCCUCCCCCCCCCCCCAAAUUUUAGUUAAUCUCCCAUCACUUAUGAAGGUGUUAGACCGUGAGAGCUCCAAGCUCCAAACCUAAUGCUACGUUGUUUUGUUCAAUUUCCCGAAGAGGAGGAGGGAAAAAACUUAAACGAAACUUUGAAAGAGGAAGAAAAAAAGUUUUACGUUACGAAAAAAAAUGGGGAAAAAAAGUUGAAAAUCUAAAAAAAAAAUGUAAACGCUGUCGUCGUCGUCGUCAUCAUCGUCGAUCGUGGUGAAGCUUUUGCACCAUUCUCGUGGAGUGGCGGUGAAUGAGAAGUUGGUAAUCAAUGUGCACUUGAGAGAGAGAGAGCGAGAGAGUAGCAUUGCUACCCCCCCCCUCCCCCCUGGUCAGAGAAGAAUGAAAGCUUUUUUUUGAGAAUUAAAAAAAAGCAAAGCAAAGCACUUGCAGAAGAGCCCUGGAUGUAAGUUGGGAGGAGCCUGAAAGAUUCCAGGCACCCUCUUGUUUACAGAACUUUCUUCCUGGAUCUUGAGCUUUCACUCGUUACAAAAAAAAGACUUUUUAGUUAAAAAAGAGAAAUUCAACAACGCCCCCCCCCCCUACCUGUACGGCCAAGUCACCCACACGGUACACGGUUGCGGGAAGAAUAAAAGAACAUACGACCUUGGAAGUGUGAACUGUUGUCGAAGCCAUUGGAUGGGAUCCCUGUCAUUUGGUUUUCCACCAAAAAAAAAAGCUGAGCGAGCGAAGGAAAAAAAAAUGUUGUUGUCAUUAUUAUUUAAGAAGAAGAAGAAAAAGAAUUCUGAAGCAAAGAGAAAUAAAACUCAGGUUCCCAUCAGAGAGAAGGCGUCAUUCUCUGAACCCUUUAUAAACCUCCCGCCAUUAAAAAAAAACAAUGGUGAUCCUCUGCUGCGUUGUAAUGUUGCAUUAACGGUAAUCGCCUGCCAAAACGUGUGGAGCCCAAGUCCCCCCCCCCCCCCCCGUAGCACGCGUACCCCCGUGAAGGUUUUGGUUGCAUUCUAUAACGGGAGGUGGCAAGCCCCCAUCGGUCCUCCGUAAGCUUGUUUUCUCGCGACCACUGCAGCCACAACUGUCGCCGAGUCUUAAUAAUCAUUUGGUUCUUUUUCUCGCAAGUUUAUUGGGGGGGUGGGGGGUUGCUUUCUUUGUUUGCUGCCAUAAACGUGCGCGAAGUGUUAGUCCCGUUUUGCACAUUUCGGUACAAGAAAUGGGGAAAAUUUAAAACAAACCUUUUCCAAACAACGCUGUGGUGGUGGUGGUGGUCGUGCAAGCUCUCUAAGUUGCCUGCAGCACUUGCGCCGUGCAUGUAAUAAGGGGACCGGUUGUUUUUGGCACCUCCUGCUUAGAAUUAAAUCUCGCUUGAACCGACCGGCUAUGUGGUUGUGUGCCGACAAAAAGUGCAAAGUUUUUCAAUCAUGCUUUACUUGUUUGUUUAUUUGAUAGUAUUAGUGGACAAAAAUGAAGGUUUGUUACUUGUUACAAGUGCACUGCCGACACGUUUUUUUUGUUUGGAGUUUUUAUUUUAUAAUUAUUAUCAUCACCAAGUUGUGGAUUAUUCGAUGUCCCCCUGCAAGGGAAUUUCGCGUUGGUGUUGAGCGCGUGUGGUUAGGUUUCAUUGCCGAUUUCUUUGGCUGCUGUGUGCUUAUGGAAAAAAAAAUAAGGCUGCUGUAGCAAACUUAGCGACUCUAGAGAGACUAUGCAUAAUUGAAGUUCAAAAAAGGAGACGACAAAAUAUGUACAAAUGUUUUUGCCGUUACCCGUUGUUCGCGCGACUCGUUUUCAACUCGGAAGUGUGGUCACACGAGCACGUGAGAGGGGUAACGUACGUAUGGUAUAGUAGGGUUAUAAACAACAACAACAACAAAGUGAUCACUUAAUUUACACCCGGGUUUAGAGGGACAGGCGUUUGUGAGCAAGAGAAAAAAAAUGAUGUUUGACUUGAAACUCCAUGAGGCGUCAAAGAUGAUGAUGCUGCCUUGUCAAGAAACGAGACCUCGACUAAACGGCGCGGAGUUUGGUGCAUUUAAAACGUCGAUUAGGUACUUACAACAAACAGAACGUGUUUUUUUUUGCUGAUUGAGAAUGUUACCAUAAUGUGAAGCAGUUACAGUACUUUAAAAGAAGUUGACUCAUUUUAAGAAUAAAUGUCUUGCUUAGCACACGUUUAGUUUCUCUGUGGCUCCUUGUAUUAACGUGCCAAAUUUUUGCCAGUGUACGAUAAUGCUUACGGCCUGUGUUGCGAAAUAACGAGUGUUGAAAGCAGCAUAAAUGUGGGUACUGUG